AUGCAUCCCACCUCCAACCCAAGAUACAACAUUCAGGAUCCCCUGCAGCAGCGCCGCUCCAUGGCCACAGGUUCGACAGAAAGAUACAAUCGGCCGGCGCCGCUCAACACUUCGCCCUCACAGGGCCGGGGCAUGGGAAGCACGGGUAGCUACAGCACGUACAACUAUCAGGAACCGGUAGCAGGGUCUUUUAACACGCCAAUGGCGACGAACACGAUGCAUUACCCCUCAGGAUACGGCCAGGACGGCCGUCCGGCAGCGCAAAACUUUGGUGGAUAUAAUGCGGCCAUGACGAUGGGCUACGACAACUUGGCUGGCGCGACAGGCUCCGUUUACGACAGCCAAGCGCAGUUCCAGCGGCAGCCCGCAGCUGCACCGAUCUUACCAACAGACGUGUCGACGUCGUACUUCUCGAACGACCCGAGCAGUAGCACAGGAACCUCCAACCUUCCACAUGCGCCUUCUGCAAGCGCCACCGCGACGGCUUAUCAACAGCCGCAGAUGGCGAACUACCAGACCAACAUCUCCAACGUGGGCGGGAUGCCGCAGCCGACAGCGAGCGCCGACGUUUCAAUGGAAGAGCAGGAUUAUUCCGCAACAGGCGGCUUGGAAGAGAAAUGGAUGGAGUAUCAGUCCGCUUUGCGGGGGGUUUUCCAGAACGUCCGCAAUGGCGUGCUCGAGAGCGCCAGUCAGUCGCUCCUAGACGUUUCCAACUGGCUCUUGUCGCAAGUCGUCGAUCUCGGUCUCAACCUCGACGACCAGAACUUGCAUGGGGACCGGAUCAAGCUUUGGAACGAUUUCAACCACGCAUGGCUGUCUCUUUUCCAGAUGCAGAAAGACUUGAUGGAGCCCGGGCGACAACUGCAGCGAUCGCAGACGCUAAUCAGCAAAGAAGGACUGGAAAAGAUGGGCAAGGAGCUGGUCCGACUUUGCGACGGUAUUGAACGACACGGGCUGGUGGAUUACCAGUACGGAGUGUGGGAGCAGCAGAUCAUCGAGAUUCUCGAAGCUUGCCUGGAUCUUUACGAGGCGAACGAGGAAUCCGGCGGAAAUGGCGGCGGGACCCAGGCAGCCUCGGGCUCCCAUCACGGGAGCAGAUAA